UUGCUACUGUUCCGUGGGAACAGUAACUUAAGAAGAGAAGACAAAAAAGACAAAAUGGCACCACCAAGAAAGCCACGCUGCAACUUCAAGGACUGCAAGGAACUCGCCCAGCGGAUCGUCGGUGAUUGCGGUUUCUGCAACGGUCACUUCUGCGGCAAACAUCGCAUGCUCGAAUCCCACGCCUGCAGCGGCCUAGAGGACUGCAAGAAGGAAAGCCAUGAACGCAAUGCAGAGCGGCUAAAUGCGGAACGAACCACAGUUAUCAAAGGCGUAUAA